AUGGAAGAGAGCAGAGGCAAUCAAUUUCCUGGAGUGAGGUUCUGCCCCAUGGAGGACGAACUAGUUCUCUUCUACCUUAAGCCCCUCUUGAGCGGAGAGAAGGUGCCGGGCAGAAACAGCGUGGUGUUCGACUGCGACCUCUACGGUCGCCAAGAACCUUGGGAGAUAUGGGAGGCCUACAAGACCAGAAGACCAAACGACUUGAGGCUCAACAAGGACAUCUACUUCUUCACCCAACACAAGAAGAUGAGUUCCACAGACUCACGCAUACGCCGGACCGUUGGAAAUGGCACCUGGAAGGGCGACAACUCCGGCAAGCCAGUAAAAUCUUUGGAGACUGGUCGUGUGGUUGGCUUGAAGAAAAGACUUACUUACAAGAACGAAGCAUCGGUGCACAACGGUUGUUGGAUCUUGCAUGAGUUCUACCUUGAUCGAUCACUCAGAGACAAGAAACAAAAGGCGAAAGACUAUGUUCUUUGUCUGCUACGAAAAAAUGGUGAACCCGAAACCAAGAUCGAAAAGAAGAGAAAGCAACGUGAAGAGGAAGAGGUUCUUGAAAACAAUUAUGCCUGUGAUGAUGGAGAGAACACAAACAAGGAGCAAGAAGAGUUGCUUGAGCCACAAGCGAAGCGACAACGAAACGUUCCUUCCAUUGAUUAUGCACUAGUACCAAUGCCAUCAGAAGAGGAUGCAUUCGCAGCUGAGUUAGAAGAGACUUUGCCAUGCUUUGAAGAUGAUAAUGCACCCUCAGAAGCUGAAGCAAUUGUCUUUCAAGGUGAGGAGAAUUGGGGACUCCAACAGUUAGCUUCCGAGGUGCAAUCAGGCCCUUCAUUUGGAGAGGAUCAUGGAAUAUUUAUUCCACUACCAGAGGAAGAUUUUCUCUUGGAGGAAAUGGUAGAACAAAUGGGUAUGGUAGAAAUGGAAGACCUGCUAGUUGUUAAUGGUGCGACUAGUAAUAUGGAAGUGGCGGAAGAAAACUUGCUAAACAACACCCUUCUUCACACUCCCGCAUCAUCCUUGUCGGCGGCCUAUGAUGGCACUGAUUUGCCAUAUUUAUCCAUGGAAAAUGGUUGCACUGAUUCAGCUGGAAGCAACAAUGUUUGUGGAGGAUCGAUUGGCUUUCAGGAUGGUGCGUACUGGCCUGAGUCUUUAGUGGAGGUCCUUACUGAAGAGCAACAAAAGACAGCUGAUGGACAUUGUUCAGAUUGGUUGGAGUCGAUCAGUUUUAGUCCUGAGGAAAACAACUUCCUUUGGAGUGAAGUGCAAUGGUGUUUGUAG